AUGAAGGCGAAGGGCAGGCGAGCGUCGGUGCCGCGGGGGCCGGGAGCGAGGGCGUCCAAGCCUCUCGGGCGUGUUCACCUGGACCUGUGUGGACCGCUGGUGCCUUCCCUGGGCGGCAACCUCUACCUGUUCGUCGCCGUGGACAGCGCCUCGCGGUGGAACAAGGUCUACGGUCUCCGGCGGAAGUCCGACGCGCUGGCGGCAACGAAAAGGCUGCUGGCGGACGUGGGGCGGUACGACCUCGGGCGCAUCGAGUGUUUCCGCGUCGAUAACAGCACCAGGUGGACCCGCGGCGACUUCCGGCGCUUCUGCGACGACAACGGCAUCGGCGUCGAGUUCACACCUCCUGGCGUUCCGCAGUACAACGGCGUCGUCGAGAGCGCCAUCUGGCGCAUCAUGAAGGCCGGCAUGGCCGCUCGCCGCAGCGCUGGCCGUGUGUUCAACGUCGACUUCGCCUCCAUCUCCGGCCUCGACGAGCGCGGUGAUAAUCUUUGGAUGGAAUCGGCGAAAUGGGCCGCCGACGCUCUCAACCAGUCGGCGACCAAGGCCAACCCCGGGCGGCGCUCGCCGCACGAGAUGACCACCGGCGAGCAGGGGCCUUUCCGCGCCACCCUCUGCUACUACCUGAACGGCGGCGACAACCACCCGAGCGGCACCGUCAAGGUCCUCAAGGCGUCCACCGGCUGCGUCGUCUAUACCAACAACGUCUCGUGGGUGAUGUCGGCGCCAGCCGGCGAGGGGGGUUCCGCUGGUAUCACCGCUGCGCCGACACCCCCCCCGUUCACGCCGCCGGUCGUCUCGAUCAACUUUGGCCCAGCACCGACGCCUUCGACCGCCACACCGCCACCGCCAGCGCCCACGCCGUCGCCCGCUCCCGCUCCCGCUGCCUCUUCGCCCCCUGCCGCAACGCCGCCGCCAGCGACCACGCCGCCGCCCGCUCCCACGCCUUCACAGCCGCCCUCUGCCACUUCGCCGUCACCGUCGGUGACCCCCGCUCCCGGCCAGCCGUCCUCUGCCUCUUCGCUGUCACCGUCGGCGACCCCAGAUCCAGACCAGCCGCCGCCGCCGCCGGACCCCGCGAUGCCCCCGCUUACGGCUCACGCCAUGCGGCAGCUCCGCCCGGGUACAGAGGCCGAGGGGAGCUCGGGGGGGCGGAGGCCGGAGAGGCAGGCGGGAGCACUCGCAGCUGUGGACCCGGGGGCUGGAGGAGCGGACUUUCCACUCGCAUUUGCCACGCUCCUUGCCAACCGGGAAGACAUCGACGCCACGCUGCGAGACCAGCGCCCGCCGGAGCAACGCCCUGACCUUCCUCACUGCCAGGCCAGCGACCUUCGUGUCCCCAAGAGCUACAAAGAGGCCAUGGCGUCGGAGCACCGGCACCUUUGGAGCGACUCUAUGCAAAGGGAGUUUUAUGGCUUGUUGGAAGCGGGGACUUUUACUCCGGCGAAGUAG